AUAACAAGAUAAUUGUUAUUGUUAUAGAAAAGGUUGGAUUUAUUAAUACACUGUUUUUCAAUUGCAUUACAGCGUAUAUCAACUAAACGCUUGAUAACAGACGAUUCGUGAUUUAAGAAACCGUAAAAAAUAAAUAAGUUUGAAUAAUUGUAUAUGAAAUAAAGCUUUAUAUUAGAAUGGUUUAUUAGUAUAAAAAAUGUUCAAGAUCAUGUGUCGAAUGAUAUGUGUGUUCAUCGUGUGCGCGUGGAUUCUGCUCGUCGAAAAUUGCGAUGCGGCAACUACGAGCAGUCCGCCUAAUACAACCGCCUCUCCAGAAAAGACGGAGCUUAAUUGCUACACGUGUAACGACGUAGGUCCAACAAACAAGUGUCUGAACUUUACGAACUUCCAGGUUGCGCACGCACUGUGGCGGCAGUCGGUAAGGGACUGGGACGACCCUGUACAGAUCGCGACUUGCGAAAGUCCAUUUAAUGCCUCCUGUAUGGUGCUCACUUACAACAAUGAGAAAGGUGAGGUGGCUCACUUAAGCGGUUGUUCGGAUGACGAAACUUUCGGACUGGAUCCAAACAAAUCAGCCAGGUACUUGCCCAUCACAAAAAACUUGCAAAAGGACAACCAUACGAGGUGUGCUUGGGAUGACACGGACAUGAUCUGCUUGACGUUGUGCAUCGGCGAUUCUGACGAACCGUGUAAUGGACCAACAUUGGCGGGAAAUUUUAUUUCCGCUUCUGGCUUUCUGAUUGUUCUUUGCGCAUGUGUGCAAAUAGUGAAUAAUGCAUUCUUGCAAGUUGCGUAACAAUAAUUUUUAUUCCGGCGCGUAUGUAUAAGUGCAUAGUUAAAUUGUUCAAAGUAAAAAAAUAUUUGCGUUGAGUGUAUUUAUAAUGUGAUGGUCAAUUACUCAAAUUCUUACAAUAAACGUCAAUAUGGGCAAUCCUAAUUUAGUCGAAAUAAUAUUCUAAAAUUAUUCACUUGUUUUUUUUUAAACAUCGUGAACAUGUCGUCCAGUUGAUGAGUACGUCAAAUCUAGCAAAAUCUAGCAAUUUUAGCAUAUAUUUGCGAAUACUGACAAAUUUAUGUUUCGACUUGUCUGCAUGCUUUGUCGCGUUUUCAUGUACACACAGUUUUGUAAAUGACCUUUUUCAAGAUUGUUGUAUUUUAUAAUUUUCUAUGGAUAAAUGUUUAGUAUAUUUUUCACAUGUUCUCGUAUGUGAACUGCAUGUCCUAAACAUGCGUUCGCUGUUAAAUAUUUCAAUGUGUCAUGAAAACUUGCAUCAUAAUUAUAUCAUUUCAACAGAGAUGUGCGAAUAUAAUUAUGCCAUACAAAUGCAAAACUUUGUUAUUGUUCUAGUGAAUAUACAAACACUGAGAUAAGAAAUGUUAUUCGUGGAAGUAGUGCAAGUUAAUUGUGCUUGGAAAACUCCACCCACCCCGACCCCCACUUCAAGAAACUCUAUUUUGCGAAUCGGAAACACACACAAGAAGAUGAUUUGACGUUCACAGUUUAACAAGUUUAUUUUCAGGGACUAAUGUGUGUCAUGAACUUGUCAUGUUGUGAACUUCCUGUAACAUAGUUACGGUACUUAAACCGCUUAGAGUGCAUUCUUUACUCUUACUCUGCAUUUUUAAUAAAGUAAAGAUGGCA